CUUUUCUUAGUUCUCUUUUGUAUCAACUUCAUUGCUAUCCCAAACUUCACCCUCAACCAUGAAUGAUCGCACACAAGCACCGGCAGUACCACUACCACACCACGUCACAGAUCCAGAUCGCACACAAGCACCUGCGCCACUACCACACCAAGUCCAAGUCCACACAACCACACACCGCUACGAAUCCGGUGUUGUUGCCCCACAGCGUUUCGAAGGUGGUGGUUUCAUUGCACCGCGUUACGAAGGUGGCGGCAAGAGUAGUAGUCAUUAUUACUCUUCAGAGAGAGGCCCAUCAGCCUCUCAGAUCCUUGCAGUUGUCGCCGGCUUACCGGCCGGCGGCACUCUGCUGCUUUUGGCUGGACUUACUCUGGCCGGAACCUUCACUGGGCUGGCGAUCACCACGCCGCUUUUCAUUCUGUUCAGCCCAGUGCUGGUUCCGGCCACAGUCGUCAUAGGCCUGGCUGUGGCCGGGUUUUUGACGGCGGGGGCUUUUGGGCUCACGGCACUGUCCUCCUUCUCCUGGAUCGUUAAUUACGUCCGGGAGAUUCAAGGGACAGUGCCGGAGCAGCUUGAAGCUGCGAAGCUUCACCUAGCGGAUGCAGCUGGUUACGUGGGGCAGAAGACAAAGGAAGUGGGGCAGAAGACCAAGGAGGUUGGUCAAGACAUACAGAAUAAGGCUCAGGAUGCAAAGGAUUCAACUUAUGCAAGGGAUGCCAGAGAUGCUGCUUAUGCAAGGGAUGCGAGUUAUGCGAGAGAUGCUAGUUAUGCAAAAGAUGCUGGUUAUGCAAGGGAUGCAAAAGAUGCGAGUUAUGCAAGGGAUGCAAGAGAUGCGAGUUAUGCAAGGGAUGCAAGAGAUGCUACUUAUGCAAGGGAUGCAAGGGAUGCGAGUUAUGCAAGGGAUGCAAAGGAUACAAAGGAAGUAAAGAGAACAUCAGUAACUGCAACAACUGCAACAACAGCAAUAGCAUGAGUAUCGUGAUGGAGGGUUUUAUAAUGUGUUAUGGUGCGGUUUAUGUCGGGAAAUAAAUGGUGUACCUCUUGGGUUGCACUUCUCAACAUUUGUGUCUUGUAUUCUAUGUAGGUUUGUGUGUUUUGCUGUCUAGCUUUGGUUAAGUAGAGGGGACGUUCAUUCGUUCAUGUCAUGAAAGGGGUACUACCACUCUGUUCUGUAUAUGGAUGCUGGCAAUGUGUUUUUUACUAGUUCACUUUAAUUUUUGAAUUCAAUGUGAAAUAUGUUAUGCGUUCGUUUAUGUAA